CCUGGGCCCGGCCCCGUGCGGUUGGCCGCGGCAGGCUGCGCCGCGAGAAGGACACCCGUGGGAGAGGAGGACGCACGGCGCUGCGGCGGGGGAAAGUGACGAGCUGCCCUUCGCUGUCUGCCAGGCGCGCGCGCGCAGCCGCCCUCCUCCGGCCGCCCACCGUCGCUCGUUGGCGGAGAUGUCAGCCGCCGGCGCCCGCGGCCUGCGGGCCACCUACCACCGGGUCCUCGAUAAAGUGGAGCUUAUGCUGCCGGAGAAAUUGAGGCCGUUGUACAACCACCCGGCAGGUCCCAGGACAGUUUUUUUCUGGGCUCCAAUUAUGAAAUGGUUUGUGUUUUAUUUAGAGCUAAGAAUCAUUACUCAUGAGGCUCCUUCCUUUCUGUGUGUGACUGUGCGUUUCCAGGGGUUGGUGUGUGCUGGCUUGGCGGAUAUGGCCAGACCUGCGGAAAAGCUCAGCACGGCUCAGUCUGCUGUGUUAAUGGCUACAGGGUUUAUUUGGUCAAGAUACUCGCUUGUAAUUAUUCCCAAAAACUGGAGUCUGUUUGCUGUUAAUUUCUUCGUCGGGGCAGCAGGAGCCUCUCAGCUCUUCCGUAUUUGGAGAUACAACCAAGAGCUAAAGGCUAAAGCCAACGAGUAAGAGUGCUGACCACCAAACAGUGUCCACAGCCACUGGGACCUAGUUUGAUUUAUUAUUUGAUUAUGAUAAGGUGAUACUAACAGCUAAAGCUUGGAAGGCGUAUGAGAAAUCUAACUGUACCUGAGGAGCUGGUAUUUGAUUCAAUAGAAAUAAAGCAAACUUUUAAUAAUGUCUCUUUACAUAUGACUGAAGGAACUUAUCUAUGGACAGUCACAUCUUUCUACUGUUUGCCCCUAAUAAAUCACCCCUGCUCAUAGGCACGCCGGCCUCCUCUGCUCUAGUCACUGUGGCAUGUGCAGAGUGCAUGCUGGAGCCACAGGACGGCGGUGACGGCGAGCCGGGGAGGGGGACACGGGCAAUGCGGUGGCUAAAAAUGACUUCAGACUAUUAUAAAAUAUUUUAACCUGAAA